CACCUACUGUGAGGAGAUAAAAUUCAACGACAGCACGAGUCUUGCCUCCAGUUCGUUCCGUCCCAACAUUUUGACUGUUUUUAUUGUACAUGGAUUCGCUCAAGACCCGUCUUAUUACAUGUACAAAGUUAAAGAUGCAUAUCUCCACGCGAAUCUUCCUCUCAACGUAAUCAUGGUGGACUAUGGAGACUUGACUAAAUUUAAUGGGUCAUCAUUAAUCACCGUUGCUUCGGCGUACGUACAAUCAGUCAAGAAUGUACCUCGGGUGGGGGCUAGAAUUGCCGAAUUUAUAAGUUUCCUCAUACAAAAUAACGUUUUGUCGUUAAAUUUGGUCCACGUGGUGGCUGUUUCGAUGGGAUGUCAUGUAUCUGGGGAAGUGGGGAAUCAUAUCAAAAAAUUAUAUGGUGGCCAGCCAAUUGCCAGAAUUACGGGACUUGACCCAGCUGGGCCUUUGUUUGAGGGGCCAAUAAGUUUUCGGGCGCUCGAGAAAUGGGAUGCUGCAUUUGUUGAUGUCAUUCACACCAAUCUUUUCGGCUACGGGACAACAUUGGUGGAUGGUUUAGCAAAUUUUUAUGCGAAUGGCGGUAUAACUCAACCUGGAUGUCCAGAUGGUCCAGUGGGUACGUGCAGUCAUGGGUAUUCCGUCGAUUUAUACGCUGCUUCUAUUACGACACCAUUCAUCGCGUGUUCGUGCCUACUACCACUCUUCAAUUGGAAUCCAGUCACUACAUCGAACUGCUUAAGCCCGUGCCAAAAUCCGACCUACGUUGGGCCCUACUGUUCCUCUGAGGCAAGAGGGAAAUUUUACGUUACAACGCCAAAAUUCAAUGUGACUUGUGAAUGUAGUUUUGGUUUUGAUAAGCUAAUUGGUUGAGUGGUUAAGAGGAGUCCAAUGUUUCGAACGGUUUGUUGUUCUUCGAGAACGAAUAACUUUGUGACGUAUGUAUAUUGACAUCGUCUGAAGAUAACUAACGAACUUUAAACGUCGAUUCUAAGGACACGAAGAAAUAACAAGUACCCUCAAUAUAUGUAAAAUGAAUGUAGAUGAAAACCACACCAAGUGUACUACAAAACUCUUUUCCAUAUUUAGCGUGAGGCAGAGUGAGAUUCGGGUUCUGGUGGGUAUCCACAACCAUCGCGCGUCAGUGCCGUAUCCGUCUAACUUUGUCGCACUCACUCAAUCAUGCGUCUUAUUUAAUUAACCAUACUGGGCUACUUAAAUGUUGUCUUAUUAAAAUACAAAAAAACUUAAAUGUUGGUAUAUCAUUAGCCCUCGUUUGUUACGGCACUUGCCGUAUAAGCCCCUCCCUUAGAAACUUGGACCCCAAAAAUCUCACGGUCCCACCCAUUUCUCGUCGGGCAACAAAAGCUGAAAAUGUAGCCCUUCAUAAGGAGAAAAUUCUGGCAUCAGGUUGUCAGCCGAGAAAUGGCUGGGACCAUGACUUUUUUAAGGAUUUAUGUGUAUGCAAAAAAACCGCCAAUUUUCGAAUUUUGAAACUCUUGAUGCAUCAAAAUGUUCGUAUUCCAGGGGGAAGUCAAAUUGCAAAUGCAAGUUGGGGUCUUAUUCUUUUAGUGCCGAGCGUACAUUGACUUUAUCAUUUUUCACAAUUUCCUUUAACAAUGUUUGAAGGGGGGGUGGUUGCAUAUAAUUCGAAAAUACCUAGGGUAUAUUAUGUUUCUACCCAAAAAUAAAUUUUGGAUUUUUCUGGGAAAUUCGGUGAAAUCGACGCGAAAAGAGCUUGUACUUUUGGCUCAUUUUGUACCUGUAAUAUAUUUAUUUAUCUAUGUAUAAUGAAUUUAGAAAAACGUAUUCUGAAGUUAUCUUGACUUAAAUUUGUAGUGCGUGUU